AUGGAAAGUAAACGGGCGCCCACAAAAAAGUUGGCAGAAAAAUGGCGGCGUCCGUCGCAAUCAGACGAAAUAAAUGUCUGCAAGGUUUGUGAUCGCGAUCUCGUGGAGCCUCGCACGUUACCGUGCAUGCAUUCCUUCUGCGAGGACUGCAUCUUCGUUCUGCUGCAGUGUUACGAGAAACAGAAGAAACUCGAGCGAACCUUUAUGUGUCCAACAUGCAAGGUCCGAAUACCGUGCCACAUUUUGGGCAAGGUCUCCAAAGACUGGUUGCGAAUGUUCCCGAAAAAGCAGAUCAUGGAUAAAAUGAAGGAAGCGAUACUCGUGGUCGAAGAGAUGUGUAGCCCUUGCUCGAUGACUUGGAAAAUCACGCCGGCGACGGCGUUCUGCGUGGACUGCCGACAGUACCUGUGUCCGAGUUGCCUUAGCGACCACAAAGAAAACGCGCAGUUCAGGGGUCACAACAUGGUGGACUAUAUCGUGAAGGAGAUGAAGAACACGCCUGUUGCGAAUAUAUCGAAGUUUAACUGCAAACAACAUAACAAUCUAAGAUUUACGUGUUUCUGCGAGGUCCACAAAGUGUUCCUCUGCAACUCGUGCCGCGAGAGCGUAGUGCACAGAGGCUGUCGCGUGACAAAGCGCGUCAUGGAGGCCACCGGAAACAUCAUCAAGGCGGAAACGAGGCUGAAUGUUAUCAAUAAUCUGAAGCGCGACGAACGCAGCCAGGGAAAGCACUUGCUGAAAAUGAUCGAGCAGAUAGACGGGAUUCAGGAAAAACUGGAGCUUUGCCGCCAACGCCAGGUGGAGCUGCGACAAUCAUAG